AUGCCAACUCGUAGAUAUGCAGUUGGGAGGGCUGAUGAGGUCACUCAUCCCGACUCCAUGAGAGCCACCUUGGCUGAGUUCCUAGCCACUAUCAUCUUCGUCUUCCCCGGCGAGGGCUCGAUUCUGGCUUUCGACAAGAAGUAUAAGGAUACGACUACGAGUACAACGCCUUCAAGACUGGUGAUGGUAGCACUUGCGCAUGGGUUGGCUUUGUUUGCUGCUGUGGCAUCCAGUAUGAACGUAUCGGGUGGCCAUGUGAAUCCGGCCGUCACCUUCGGUGCCUUGCUCGGUGGAAGGCGGCCGGUGGGGUUCACGGUGGCGUACGGAGUCGGAGAGCUGCGUUGCAUGAUACUAGAGAUAGUUAUGACAUUUGGAUUGAUGUACACAGUUUAUGGAACAGCGGUUGAUCCGAAAAGAGGAAGCAUGGGGACAAUAGAACCAUUGGCUAUAGGGUUACUAGUGGCGGCCAACCUCUUAGUUAGCCUCUUAGUUAGGGCUUUAAAAAGUUGA